GAGACGAUGAGAACCCACACCCGUGGGGCUCCUACAGUUUUCCUCUUAAAUCUGCUGUUGCUCCUGCUGCCUCCAACUGCAGCGGACUGGAGUGGAGGAAUCCCCUUCAUGGGAGGCAACUACAAUGGCCACCCGAUGCUGUAUUUCGAUCGGGCAGAAGUGGUAGACCUUCAGCUAGCGGCGGGAAACACUCAUAGGGAAAUGGCGAGACGGAUUCGCGAGGCCGGGGAAACCAUGCUGGAACACCCGGAAGAGUACCUGCCUCCCUGGAGCCCUGAAGAGUUCAGCGCCCGAUGGAACGAGGUUUACGGAAACAACCUGGGUGUGCUGUCCAUGUUCUGUUUGCUGUAUCCACACAGAGCUGGAGCACUGGAUCUGGCCAAGGACUACAUGGAGAGGAUGGCAGCUCAACCUAGUUGGUUGGUAAAAGAUGCCCCCUGGGAUGAAGUUCCCGUGGCACACUCUUUAGUUGGGUUUGCCACUGCGUAUGACUUCCUGUUUGAGUACUUGAACAAGGACCAACAGGAGAGAUUUCUUCAGGUGAUCGGCAAGACAUCUCAUCUCAUGUAUGAGAAAUCCUACAGCCGUGGCUGGGGAUUUCAAUACUUGCACAACCAUCAGCCAACUAACUGUGUGGCUUUGCUCACAGGAAGCCUUGUUUAUAUGACUCAAGGAUAUCUACAGGAGGCUUACUUGUGGACCAAGCAAGUUCUCUCCAUCAUGGAAAAAUCCAUUGUUCUUCUUCAGGAUGUCACGGACGGAUCCCUGUACGAGGGAGUGGCCUAUGGGACUUACACAACACGCUCUCUGUUCCAGUAUAUGUUUCUGGUGCAGCGUCACUUUUCCAUCAGCCACUUCGAGCACCCUUGGCUCCUAAAACACUUCGAUUUCUUAUACAGGACCAUCCUUCCUGGAUUUCAGAGAACUGUCGCCAUUGCAGAUUCCAACUACAACUGGUUUUACGGACCAGAGAGUCAGCUGGUCUUCUUGGACCGUUUUGUAAUGCGUAACGGUAGUGGGAACUGGCUGGCCGAUCUGAUUCAUCAAAACAGAGUGACGGACGGAGUGGGACAGGCUGGUAAAGGCCAACGAUGGUGUACUCUCCACACAGAAUUCAUCUGGUUUGACCCAAGCCUCACUCCGAAGCCCCCGUCUGAUUUCGGGACAUCUCAGCUCCAUUAUUUCGAGGACUGGGGUGUCGUGACCUACGGCAGCGCUUUACCCGCCAGCCCAAACCAUUCCUUUCUUUCCUUCAAAUCGGGCAAACUCGGGGGACGUGCAAUUUUUGAUAUUGUUCACAAGAAUAAAUACAAAGAAUGGAUCAAAGGCUGGAGGAACUUCAAUGCUGGCCACGAACACCCUGAUCAAAAUACUUUUACCUUUGCGCCCAAUGGAAUUCCAUUCAUCACCGAGGCACUAUAUGGACCUAAAUACACGUUGCUGAAUAAUGCAGUAUUAUUUGGUCCAGCCCACUCAGGGAGUUGUUUCAAGCCAUGGGCUGGCCAGGUGACGGAAUCCUGUGAUUCCAAGUGGCUGAAGUACAAGGUAGGGCCCGCUGCUGACGCUCAGGGGAAAGUAGAAGCUGCAAUGGAAAGACAAGGCAUGGUCUUUAUUCGCGGGGAAGGACAAUCUGCUUAUAAUCCGGACCUGAAAAUACGAAGCUUCCAGAGAAACGUCCUCCUCCUCCAACCACAACUCUUACUUUUAGUGGACCAUAUCCAUUUGAAUCCUGAUAGUCCAUCUACAGCCAUGAGCACAUUUUUUCACAAUACAGAACUGCCCUUCAAGGAUACACAAGUCGAUGGUUUACAUGGAGCGUUUAUAUCUCACAACGAAGACAAGUGUAAAAUGUUCUGGAUGGACGACACGGGUCUCAGUAACAGAGGGGCGGUGGGUUACUGGGGUUAUCCGCGGGGGUAUCCGUAUAACGGCUCGAAUUACGUGAAUGUCACAAUGCCAUUGAGAUAUCCUCACACCCGAGUAGCUUACAUUUUCCUCGGACCGGGAGUGACCGUAACCAGUUUUAGCUUGCGUGGCGAUGACCAACGUGUGGAUAUUUACCUGGCCACUAAUAAGCACACCUACACAGUUUACCUAUUGACCGGAGAGGUCAUCAGCAAGCCACUUUUCGCUAUGGUCAUGAUGGACCAAAAGAAGAUUGUGUUUGAGAAAAGACCUACUCCGGCGGACAGUUCGCCUCUGGAAGUAGAGGAAUAUGUCAACGUGAUGGAAGACAACCUCCAGCACGUCAAGCCAGUCUUCCAGCAGAUGGAGCGACAUAUUCUCGGUAAAGUUCUAAAUACGGACAGCUUCCGCAAGACUGCAGAACACCUGCUCCGGUUCUCUGAUAAACGGAAAACGGAGGAAGUCAUCGAGAGGAUGUUUGCUUUGUCUAAGAAACAGGGAAAGGACAAGAUGGGAAAGAAAAUAAACUUUGGGGAGAAGCUGUCUGAGAAUCUGCCAGACAUUUUUACACAAAUUGAGGUAAGUGAAAAGAAAGUCAGACAGGGGGCAUCAAAGCGCGUGUAUGACGACAGUCCAGAGGAGGGAGACACAGAUGCGCAAGCGUUCAUAGAAUAUGCGGACAGCCGCAAAAACAGAAAAGGUGGCUUUGGGAAUGGAAAAAAAAUCAAAGAGGUAAAUAUGUUAGUGACUACUGGGAGUGAGCACAUUUCCAACAUGGCCUCUUCCAUAAGGCUGUUUCUCCUCUUGAACACCGCCACAUUCUUCUUGCUACUGACUGUCUUAUUGACUCGCUUUCACAGGGGGCGAAGUAUACAUACGCAGAGAUGUUUUUAUACCAUCCUUAUUAUUGACUGCUUGAUCUUGCUGUACCUCUACUCCUCAUGCUCUCACAUGCAAUGUUAA